CUGAGUUGACUGUUAUGUGCAUGUUCACUGUAAUGCGCCUUUAAACGAUGCGCAUAUUUACACAGGUAAAGCGAUUCUACCAUUUGCCAGCAGGUGUAUUGCGUAUGGUCUAUCCAGCGUAUAUUAUUUUUAACAUUAAGUCUUACCAUCAUGUAGCUACCUCAUUCAUUAGUUCUAGAGAUGAAAAUACCGAAGCUUCGUAAUGGUUUACAUUGGACCUCAGAUUGGAAUGGCAGUUAAUGGGAUUGGAUUUCUAUUUUUCAUGACUUGUAUAGAGAUCGAUGUUUAUUGCCGUGGCGGUCGUGGCGGGUCAAAAGGCGGGGGAGGUAGAGCUCGGAUAUAUUCGGGGACCCCGAGUAGAAUUUACUCCGCCGGUGGGGGCAGAUCACGUGGUUUUAACCUUGAACAGUCAAGAUACAAUAUAAGGUUGCGCAGUGGAAGAAGUUCGAACAACGGAUAUAGAAUUAGUUCAUAUAGAUUCACCAGAGCGCAAUCCAUGGCAAACGAAAGAAUCUCACAGAUGUAUAAUGCCCAACAACGGAGGAAUUUCCCAGGAUCCUCCAGUGCAAGUUACAGACACGGUCGAUAUACUUUAUACUACAGCCGUUUGUAUUCGAACUACCGUUCUGUAGAUUACCAGAACAAAGGAUAUGGGAGCAGUAAUGCUGAAAUGUGCUUUAAUAAGGACCUUGGGGGAAAUCGCACAAAUGUAGGUGCUUUCACAUGCCCCUUGCCGUUUGAGCCAUCCUAUUUUGUGUACUGUUGCGGUCAACAGAAUUCCCAGUAUUGUUGUGGCUUUUGGGACUUGUCUUCCCACGUAAUUGGCGUUAUUUCUGGAGUUAUCAUCCUCGCUGUGUGUAUCAUUGUCAUCUCUUGUGUGGCAAGGACCAGAUGUCGUAAGACAAAAAUUGAUGAUACACGAAAACAAAAUACGGGAUAGUUAUCGUGACGAGAA